UUAUCGCAGACCUAGUUAGUGCGUAAAAUCUAGUCUUUUCGAUAUUACACUAAUAUAGGUAAAUAUACACGGACAGUGUGGUAGCCGACCGGAGGACAGACGGUUCAAGCUGUACCGCAUCGGACGCGGCAUUUAAAUAUGCCCAUUGGGAAUCAUUUUUAACCUGUUUUCGACGUCGUUCAUUUUCUACAAGGUGUGAGUGUUGAUAAUAGACAAGAUGUUACAAGGUCAGCAGAAACAACAAUGCAACUCCUACAGAGGAUAUUUUCACGAACAACAGAAGGAACAGGAAAGCAAGCAGGAACAUUACUCGGACAAUGAUUUGCGUGACUUGGUGGAUUGUUUUGGGAGAAACAGAGAAGGAAAGACGCAUUGUAAAGAACUACGAAUGUGCUGCAACUUACUUGGGAUGAAUCCACCCGAAUCAGAACUUCGUGAAAAUCUUACAAUAUUGACAAGAGAAAAAAACGAUGGAAUCGUUCAAACUGAAGACUUCGUAGUAUUGAUGCGAUCGAAGCUAGGACCUGACGAUUUGAGUAGGGAAGAUCUAGAGAUUGCUUUCGCUCAAUUUGAUACGGACGGAAGUGGUGCAAUCAAUCCAGAUGAAUUACGCCAAAUUCUCUCUACAACUUCCCUGGCUGAUGAUCAGAUUGAGCAGCUUAUCGCUGACGCCGACACUGACGGAGAUGGCGAAAUCGAUUUUGAGGAAUUCUACGCUUUAUUUACAACAAUGAUGGGAUAAACGGACUUUCUACUCUUACUUCAGCUUCGAUUGUCGCCAUUUGAUAUCAUGAAUGACUUUGCUGCCCACUGGUUGUGUUAGAUAGACACUACUUUGUCAAAACCUGUGAUAUCUCUACACAGAUUGAUCCGUAAAUUCUCGUAACUUUCGCCGCGAAAUGUAGUAAUCUGUAUU